UGUAGGUGUUUGGCGAAUACUUCCGGCCUUCUCAGAAGACGGAUGUGCUCCUCGUGGCCAUCGAGGCCUUGACGGCAGACGAUGCCCACGACAGGCUGAUGGGCAGUGACAUCGUGGACAUGGCCAUGACAGACCCCGUGUCCUGGCUGACGGAUGUGCCAAAAAUCCUGAGACACAUCCACAAAAACAUGGAGCAGAUCCGCGAGGAGCCGGCCCGGCGCAGCCUGGACUCACUGCUGCUGCUGCUGACAGACUGGAGCCCCAGGGAGAUGGUCAGGGGCCUUCUGAGCAUCGCUCCAACGUGUGACAGGGCGGCCAUGGCCAUGUGGGAGGUGACGAUCUCGGUGCCCUGGGCUCUGCAGAGAGUCAUGUCGGAGCUGCUCGGCGUGCUGCAGGACCGGCGGCUGUGCAGGGUGUUCAGCUCUGCCACGGAUGACGCCUGCAUCUACCCCUUGGCGCUCCUGGCCUGCGCUAACAUUGACAGGAAGGAGUUUGCUGCCCUCUACAAAGCCCAGAGGUACCUGAGGCAUCCCAGCCCAGUGAUGCUCUCGCUGGUGCUCACGGGCCUCAUCACGCUGUCGCAAACACCUGGAACGGUGAGUGGGGGGUCGGCAAGGGGAGCCGCCUCGGCAGGUGGGGGCUGGGGCGGUGGGGGGUCUUUCACCACUUCACAAAAAGGCAACGCUGUGUUUCGUACAGGCCAGAAAGCUCCCGGUGCUGCUCCCUGA